CGCCUGCCGAACAUACCGCAGAGUAGUAGAACGACGGAGUACUAAGGAGAAGUCAACCAACAGAAGAACCCAACUUUACGACUGACAGGUGACAGAGGAUGUCCAGAGCUGACUGGUCCUUCCUGGAGCAGCUGUUGGAGGAGGGGCAGGAGUAUAGCACCGGGGUGGGCCGUGUCUGGCUCACUGUCCUCUUCCUGUUCCGCAUGCUGGUCCUCGGCACCGCCGCAGAGUCAGCCUGGGACGACGAACAGAACAGCUUCGUCUGUAAUACCAAGCAACCUGGAUGUACCGCCGUGUGUUACGACAAAGCUUUCCCCAUAUCACAUUACCGCUAUUUUGUCCUUCAGGUGAUUUUUGUUUCCACACCGACUAUAUUUUACUUCGGAUAUGUGGCCAUGAGGGCUGCAAAGGAGAAAAAAAAGGAGGAAGAGGAGGAGGAGGAGAGGACGGAGGAGGGUGGGGAUGGUGAGGGACGAGAGAGGGGAGGAGUUAAGAAGAAGAGGGAGGUGAGAAAGGGGGAAGAAAUAGAGGAGGAGAAAGGAGGGAGAAAGGUGGUGAAAGCUCUCCCAGAGGCUCCUAAGCUGAAGGGCCGUCUCCUCUGUGCCUACGCCGCCAGCAUCCUCCUCAAGGUCCUCCUGGAGGUCGGCUUCAUCGUGGGGCUAUGGUACCUGUACGGCUUCGUGAUCCCGGCCCGGUUCGAGUGUGUCCGGGACCCCUGUCCUCACACGGUGGACUGCUUCGUCUCCAGACCCACGGAGAAGACCAUCUUCACCAUCUACACACAGACAAUCGCUGGAGUCUCUCUCCUUCUCAACCUAGCAGAGCUCCUCUACCUCCUCCAGCUGGCCAUCACCCACCACCUAGAACAACACUACGCCCAGGAGCAGUACACCUUUCCUGGCAUAGCCGGGGUCAGAGUCCGGCCUGGUGCUCCAAGCCUGGAGAUGGAGAUGCAGCAAGUUUCGCCUUACCAGGAGAAAGGCCAUCUGUAUUUACCCAUGGAGGAGGCCGGCUACGCCAAGCCCAGUGAGAGUUAUCUGGUCCUGGAGUCCAGAGCAGGGAUGGAUUCUGGUGGUGACAUUCUCCCCAGUUACUUGAACUGUUUGGGGGCGAUAAGGACUACACACUCUUCAGGGAGAGCUCACCAUAAGAAAUACAGCACACAACACACACACAGUAAGGGUGCCCAGAAGGGACACAGUAACAAACACACUAAGCAUUAUGUAUGAGGAACCAGAGAGGUUUGGUUCUGUGAAUAGAAGAGAGCACUAUGUCCACUACAGACUGAUAGAGGCACCUUCGUAGUGGUGGGGGGGGGGGAUGAACAAGAAUAAGGAAACACUUUACUUGACACCCUGUGUCAUAACACUGUUAUAAUAUGGUCAUAACAGCUGACAUUAACCUGUUAUAACCUGGUCAUAACAGCUGACAUUAACCUGUUAUAACCUGUUAUAAUAUGGUCAUAACAGCUGACAUUAACCUGUUAUAACCUGUUAUAAUAUGGUCAUAACAGCUGACAUUAACCUGUUAUAACCUGUCAUAACAUGGUCAUAACAGCUGACAUUAACCUGUUAUAAUAUGGUCAUAACAGCUGACAUUAACCUGUUAUAACCUGGUCAUAACAGCUGACAUUAACCUGUUAUAACCUGUUAUAAUAUGGUCAUAACAGCUGACAUUAACCUGUUAUAACCUGGUCAUAACAGCUGACAUUAACCUGUUAUAACCUGUCAUAACAUGGUCAUAGCAGCUGACAUUAACCUGUUAUAAUAUGGUCAUAACAGCUGACAUUAACCUGUUAUAACCUGUUAUAAUAUGGUCAUAACAGCUGACAUUAACCUGUUAUAAUAUGGUCAUAACAGCUGACAUUAACCUGUUAUAACCUGUUAUAAUAUGGUCAUAACAGCUGACAUUAACCUGUUAUAAUAUGGUCAUAACAGCUGACAUUAACCUGUUAUAACCUGGUCAUAACAGCUGACAUUAACCUGUUAUAACCUGUUAUAAUAUGGUCAUAACAGCUGACAUUAACCUGUUAUAACCUGGUCAUAACAGCUGACAUUAACCUGUUAUAAUAUGGUCAUAACAGCUGACAUUAACCUGUUAUAACCUGUUAUAAUAUGGUCAUAACAGCUGACAUUAACCUGUUAUAAUAUGGUCAUAACAGCUGACAUUAACCUGUUAUAACCUGGUCAUAACAGCUGACAUUAACCUGUUAUAAUAGACUGGGAACAUGAGAAACCUCCCUCAGGGGAGGUAGGAUCCUUGAUCAGGGAACACCAGAGAAUGGAAACAUGAGAAACCUCCCUCAGGGGAGGUACGAUCCUUGAUCAGGGAACACCAGAGAAUGGGAACAUGAAAAACCUCCCUCAAGGGGAGGUACGAUCCUUGAUCAUGGAACACCAGAGAAUGGGAACAUGAGAAACCUCCCUCAGGGGAGGUACGAUCCUUGAUCAGGGAACACCAGAGAAUGGGAACAUGAGAAACCUCCCUCAGGGGAGGUACGAUCCUUGAUCAGGGAACACCAGAGAAUGGGACAAUGGGAAACCUCCCUCAAGGGGAGGUACGAUCCUUGAUCAUGGAACACAAAGAAUGGGAGCAUGAGAAACCUCCCUCAGGGGAGGUACGAUCCUUGAUCAGGGAACACCAGAGAAUGGGAACAUGAGAAACCUCCCUCAGGGGAGGUACGAUCCUUGAUCAGGGAACACCAGAGAAUGGGAACAUGAGAAACCUCCCUCAGGGGAGCUACGAUCCUUGAUCAUGGAACACCAGAGAAUGGGAACAUGAGAAACCUCCCUCAGGGGAGCUACGAUCCUUGAUCAUGGAACACCAGAGAAUGGGAACCAGAGAAACCUCCCUCAGGGGUGGUACGAUCCUUGAUCAUGGAACACCAGAGAAUGGGAACAUGAGAAACCUCCCUCAGGGGAGGUACGAUCCUUGAUCAUGGAACACCAGAGAAUAGGAAAUGAAGAAUAAUGGAACAGUCAAAUGAUGUAGUAUAAUUCAGCUAUUUAUGACUUCAGGAAUCCUUCUAUUCCAAUGGGAAUGGGAUAAGCCUAUGCAGUGGCUGAUUGUGAUAAUGGAAGAACUUGGGAUUCCACAGAGAAAACAACCUACAGAGCCCAUGCAGUGCAGUGAGGUCUUGUGAGAAAGCAUGGGUUAGGAGGGGGAAAUAUGACUGUCCCAAAUGGCACCGUAUUCCCUACAUCGUGCACUACUUUAGAUCAGAGCCUCAUGGACCCUAGUCAACAGUAGUGCACGAUGUAGGGAAUAGGGUGCCAUUUGGGAGGUAUCCUUUAAGUUCUGAAUUAAGCAUGUUCCCUAAGGGAUUAAUGUGACCUCAGAAUGCUGCUAGAGCCAGUGGAUUGUACUGGACUAUUCUGUCUCCCUGGAGACUAGAGUACUGGGAUCUCUGUUCUAUUCUGUUUCCCUGGAGACUAGAUUACUGGGAUCUCUGUUCUAUUCUGUCUCACCGGAGACUAGAGUACUGGGAUCUCUGUUCUAUUCUGUUUCCCUGGAGACUAGAGUACUGGGAUCUCUGUUCUAUUCUGUCUCCCUGGAGACUAGAGUACUGGGAUCUCUGUUCUAUUCUGUCUCCCUGGAGACUAGAGUACUGGGAUCUCUGUUCUAUUCUGUCUCCCUGGAGACUAGAGUACUGGGAUCUCUGUUCUAUUCUGCCUCCCACUAGUGGCCAAACACACUGACACACAGAUGCGUACAAGCACACACACUGGCAAUCAUGCACACAAAAGCACACACAUAAGCAUGCGUGCACACACACACACACACACACACACACACAUUGUCACGAACCGGCUUAAAGCCCGUAACAAAGGGAGACAACGUGGAGAUAAGGAGUAACAAAAUAUAUAUUUAUUAACUAAAGCAACUAAGGAAAAUAUACAAUGGUGUGUGUAAUCAGUAAUCAGUAGUGUAAGUGAGUGUUUUGCAUGCAUGAAUGUGAUAAUGCAGGGUAUUGAAAGGUGCCAAUGCAAACAAACAAACAAAAGGCCACCAAGAACCACAACACAAUCUACAAUGGUGUCUGCAUGGAGAGAGUCUCCUCCAUGAAUGUGGAAGAGGUCUAUUUAUCCUGGGACACACCUUGCCCAGGUGUUUCCCAUGUAGCUGACGACCCUCCCCAACUCCGCCCACCGGCAUCCUAAUAAGGAAACAAGAACAAACAGAAUACAGCAGACGGAGUGGGAGGGUCGUCACAAUAUAGACAAACACACACACACACACAUACACCCUUAUCCCCUCUCCAACGAUGGCUUGGAGUCAGGAGAGAGGAGCUAGAACCAUGGUGUGCUGGGAUGGUCGUCAGUAUCCAAAACAUGAAGAAUGAGGCAUGGAGAGAAAGAGACUGGGGGGGGAGAGGGAGUGGGUAUGUAGAGAAACACAGAGAAUGGGUAUGUUCAAUUAAAGUGACUGUUCCUGAAUGUUUUUAAGUUAAUUAUAUCCUCUUUGUUUACCACUUCACUUGACUAGAGCUGUGAAUUGAUGGCGUCCACAAGUUAUGGCUUGAUGGAGAACAGCAGUUUAGCUAAGACACCUAAUUAUUCUAACAUUAUCCUAAUUCUUCUAACCAAGCCAAUUGUAUUUUUUUUUUGG